CUACAGAGGAACACCUGAUACUCAUCACAGACUUUGCUUUGAAAAGGCUAAAAAAAAAAUGUCUGGAAAAAAAUGGGUUCUCCUUGUCGCCGGCUCAAAGAACUGGGAAAAUUACAGACACCAGGCCAAUGUGUGUGGUUUAUAUCAGAUAAUUAAGAAACAUGGGAUUCCUGAUGAGCAGAUUGUGGUGAUGAUGUAUGAUGACAUUGCUAACAAUCCAGAAAACCCAACUAAUGGAACCGUUGUCAGUGUAGCUGAUGACUCAGACGUGUACUCAGGAGUUCUGAAAGACUACACUGGAAAGGAUGUGACCCCAAAAAACUUCCUGGCUGCUCUUCAAGGGAAUGCGAGUACAAACAAAAAAGUCAUAAACAGUGGAAAAAAUGACAACAUAUACAUCUACAUGUCCGGUCUGGGAAAUGAAGGCAAAUUUGAAUUUCCUGAGGAGUCGCUUAAUCAUGGUGAACUCAUUAGCACAAUCACCAACAUGCAUCAUGAAACAAAAUUCUCAAAGAUGGUGAUUUUCAUGACCAGCAGUUACUCUUCAACAAUGUUCAAAGAUCUUGCCUCUAAUGUAGAUGCCUAUGCAUUGACUGCAUGUGACAAAAAUAUCCAGAGCACUCCCAGUGAUUACGAUGAAACCAGAAAAAUCUACCGCUCUGAUAAAUUCUCAUCUGCUUGGUUAAAGUUCAUUAAUGAGGCUGACUUUAAUAAAGAAACAUUCCAAGGUUUGAUAGCUGAUAAACAAGCUAAUUACCUUGAACAAAAUCCCGGUACCAUCCCCUGUCUCUGCCCUUGCCAGUUUGGGAACAUGGAAAUCCGUCACUGUCACCUCAGUGAGUUUCUGCAAAAGUGA